GCCGUUAGGCGAGCUGAGGGCGAAAUCGUCGCCCGCGGCUGACGUGGUAGCCGCAGUCUGUGUCCCUGAGUGAGUGAUUUCAGCGCCCGCUUUCAGGCCCACUUGGUUCAAAUAACUGUGUUGAUGGCCAUGCAGGAGAAAUACCAAAGUGAGAGAAUCUCUCAUGCCACUUCACCAGGUUCCAGUGUGAUUCAGAAGGGCAGUUCCCUGGGGACUGAAUGGCAGACCCCAGUUAUCUCCGAGGCCUUUCGGAGCCGCUUCAGCCGUUGUUCAAGUGUAGCUGACAGUGGGGACACAGCCAUUGGCACAUCAUGCUCAGACAUUGCAGAGGAUUUUUGCAGCUCAAGUAGCAGCCCUUCUUUCCAGCCCAUCAAAAGCCACAUAACCAUUCCAACAGCCCAUGUGAUGCCUUCUACUUUGGGGACCUCUCCUGCCAAGCCAAAUUCUACACCUGCUGGACCCUCUUCCUCCAAACUCCCUUUGUCAGGGUUGGCUGAAAGUGUGGGGAUGACAAGAAAUGGAGACCUCGGUGCAAUGAAACGUUCUGCUGGCUUAUCUAGAGAUUUCAUGUAUCUUUGUGGUGCUGCCGGAGAAAACGGAAUUGAGCAGUCCUGGUAUCCAGCAGUGGGCCAUGAAAGAGAAGAAGGGAUGAGGAAAUUUGAUAUUCCCGCUAUGGAGUCUACCCUCAAUCAGUCGGCAAUGAUGGAGACACUUUAUACAGAUCCCCACUACCGAGUCCACUUCCACAACCCAAGAACCGACACAAACAAGGAGUUAUACAAAGUGUUGCCUGAGACCAAGAAGGCACCAGGCGGUGGGGUGGUAUGUGAGCAGAAUGGACCACACCCUAGCAGCAGUGGGGUGCUCCCUUUGGGACUCCAGCCUGCUCCUGGGCUCUCCAACCCUCUACCCUCUCAGGUGUGGCAGCCAAAUCCUGACCCUUGGCAUCCCCGUGAGCGAUCUUGUGAGCUCAGCACUUGUCGGCAGCAGCUGGAGUUGAUCCGUUUACAGAUGGAGCAAAUGCAGCUUCAGAACGGAGCCAUCUGCCAUCAUCCCGCUGCUUUUGCUCCUUCACUGCCCACAUUAGAACCAGCACAGUGGAUCAGCAUCCUGAACAGUAAUGAACACCUUUUGAAGGAAAAGGAGCUCCUCAUUGACAAGCAGAGAAAACACAUCUCUCAGCUGGAGCAGAAAGUGCGAGAGAGUGAACUACAAGUCCACAAUGCCCUUUUGGGCCGCCCUGCCCCCUUUGGGGAUGUCUGCUUGCUGAGGCUGCAGGAGCAACUGAAGGAAGCCAUCCUCACUGAGGAAUUGCAGCGAGAGAACACUUUCUUACGUGCACAAUUUGCACAGAAGACAGAAGCCUUGAGCAAAGAAAAGAUCGAGCUUGAAAGGAAACUCUCUGCUUCAGAAGUUGAAGUCCAGCUCAUCAGAGAGUCACUCAAAGUGGCAUUGCAAAAGCAUUCAGAGGAAGGGAAGAAACAGGAAGAAAGGGUCAAGGGUCGUGAUAAACAUAUCAAUAAUUUGAAAAAGAAAUGUCAAAAGGAAUCAGAGCAGAACCGGGAGAAGCAGCAGCGUAUUGAGACCUUGGAGCGUUACCUGGCUGACCUGCCCACUCUGGAAGACCAUCAGAAGCAGAGCCAGCAGCUUAAGGAUUCUGAGUUGAAGAGCACAGAGCUACAGGAGAGAGUGACUGAGCUGGAGAGUUUGCUGGAGGAGACGCAGGCAGCCUGCAGAGAGAAGGAGGUUCAACUGGAAAGCCUGAGACAGAGAGAAGCAGAAUUCUCCUCCACUAGACUUAGCCUGCAAGAUAUGCAGUGUGUGGAGGAGGCCAGUGGAGACGGUCCAGCCCAACAGGGAGAAGGUCCAAAAGUGGAAAUGGAGUCCUGGCAGAAGGAAUGUGAUGCUCUCCGAAAGAUUGUGGAGAAGCAACAGCAGAAGAUGGAUCAAUUGCGUUCACAAGUACAGAGCCUAGAGCAGGAAGUGGCUCAAGAAGAAGAAACAAGUCAGGCCCUGAAAGAGGAGGCCCAGCGGAGGGAGACAGCCCUGCAGCAGCUGCGCACAGCUGUGAAAGAGCUUUCAGUGCAGAACCAGGACCUGAUUGAGAAGAAUCUGACGCUCCAGGAAUACCUGCGCCAGGCCCAACCAGGGUCCCCAUCUUCAUCAGACACUGCCCAGCUGGCAUUUGAGCUGCAGCAGGAGUUGUCCAGUUGCCUUCAAGAUCUGCAGGCUGUCUGCAGCAUUGUGACCCAGAGGGCCCAAGGCCAUGACCCCAAUCUCUCCCUACUACUGGGCAUUCACUCUGCACAGCACCCAGGGACUCAGCUAGAUUUCCAGAAGCCAGAUGUGAUCAGGAGGAAACUAGAAGAGGUUCAACAGCUGCGCCGUGACAUCGAGGACUUAAGGACCACCAUGUCAGACAGAUAUGCACAGGACAUGGGAGAAAACUGUGUCACACAGUGAGGAAUGCUGGGGGUGAGAUAGGUCGUAUUCCCUCAGGGAGGAUCUGGUUUGCUGAGAGCCCAGUCCAGCAGGUCCUGCCCUGACAGUCUCCUGCCUUCUGUCUGCUGCUAUUCCCAGAGAGAAGGUGAAGGAGAGGUAAGAGCCUGCAUCUGGGGCCAAGGGCUGAUUAGGGAACUGUGCCUGCCCUGUUCUACAUUGGCUUUCCCUUGUUGGGUUGCAUUUGUCCUGUCAUCUAGAUUUACCCUUUGAGGGUGAGUUACUAAUUAACUUUUGCAGGCCAACUGAUAAGUUCUCAUAGACUGUUCCCAGCUCCAGGCAGACGUCAAAGGCAAACAGGCUGCUCACAUCCCUUCUCCAUCCUCUGGGAUGGAUCCACAUUCAUUCCCACUCCAUACUUUCAUCUUGCUGAUGCCCAGAAUUCAUUAGAGGGGCCUGGAAAGACUGAGUACCAGUAACAGUGGCCAUUUGAGAAUUCUCAGGCCCCAUGUGCCAGCCUUCCUGGGAGCUGAGCUGGCUUUCUGGGUUUUCUUAGACCCAGUUUCACUGCUGCUUCCUCAGGGCUCUUGUUCUCACAGAUGCCUCAGGGUGAUCUAUUCAUUAGCAAAGCACUCACUAAAAUUGGAGGCCAGGGGAUUAUAGCCAGGGCUCCUUCAUCUGUGCUACUAUGCCAUUUUAUAGGAGACCCCACUCUCCAGCUGCCCUGUCCCCUUAGGGCCCUGGCCAUGUAGUUAGCACAGCCCCCUUCUCCUUUGUUCUCAGGCCGUCCAGGUAGCCCCUUUCUUGGGCUUUGAGUACAAACUCUUCUCUAUGGUUCUGGGUUUGGGCAGGAUUUUCCCCCAGAAUACCACAGGGCAUCUGUCAAGCUGCUCACCCCUUCCCCCUGGGGCUGGGGCUGGUGUCCAGCCCUCUCAUUUGUGCCUUUCUUGUGUUUGGGGGCGAGGGUCCUUUCCCUUUCCUGCUCUGGGCUCUUUGAGAUUUCCCAGUACCCAGCACAGGUUGGCUUUAAGGUACAGCUUUUAGUGUUUUCUGGGGUUUUUUUGUUUGUUUCUUUGGGGCCUUUGGACCCUCUGCUUUCUGGUUUCUCUUGCCUCCUCAUUUAGAGAGUAUCUCACAAUUGUUUGUAUCUGGUUGUUGGGCUGAUCCCAGGCCUCCUCUAGAUCUGGAACCAGGCCAAGCCGGGCUGAGUGGGUAUGGGGAAACCCAGAGUCAGCCACUACUUAGUGCUUGCUGAGCUUUGGGCUGUCAGGGCAGCAUCCUGGACCUCACUCCUGGGCCUGAAUGAGACUCUUCUUAAGUGUUUUUACAAGUUUGUGUUUUAUUUAUGGAGUGACUUAGUCCUUCCAUUCAGAACAGCCCCACCCAGCCAUCCUCUCAGCCUCUGGGCUCCUGCCUCCUAAAAGCAGAACCGCCUAGUUGGUCUCCACCCUGUGUUGGGAGCCCAGCCAUCAUGCUCACGGGUAUUUUUCCUCAUAAAGUUUAUAAGCAGUUAUUUAUAUGAAUCCUUGUUAUGUCAACUGGUUUGUAUUGCGUAUUUUGAUUACAAAAUAAAACAUUUAACAGAC